AGAGAGCGCACCAGACAAAGAGUGCUAUGCAGAGAGAUGGAGACAGAGAGAGAGAGAGGGAGCGAGAGACAGAGAGACCGCUGCAUGCUACUCACUGCCCGGCAGGAGCACCAGAGGAGAUGGAGCUAUAGUGCUGAGAACGAAAGAAAAGAAGGGAAGAGUGACGUAGAGAAAGAUAAUAUAAGAGGAGAAAGGGAAGAGGGGAAUCUGGGGCAGAUGCACAUUAGUGACAGACAUUAACAUCGGCAGGCUGGAGCACGUGAACGAGGCUUGGAGACACAUCAUAAGAAGAGAAGAAGCGUGAGAGCUGAACGCUGUGAAGGAUGACAGAGCACCAGUCCUGAGAUCAACCCUCAUCCUUCCCCCUCUCCUCGCCCCUCCUCUGACCCCCAUCCCCAACAUUACCCUCCUCCCUCUCUCUCUCUCUCUCUCUCUCUCUGUGGUUAGACAAGACAUGAUGACCGGUCCUGACCAGAUUCCACUCUCAUCGCAUCCUUGUGGAACCACUUCAUCUACUCUGGACUUCUUCUCAGCAUUCUGACUGUUCCGACUACUUUCACAUAUUCUCUUCAGGAGAAGACAGGAAGGAAUACCAUAUUCUCUCCAGAAGACAGGAAGGAAUACCGUAUUCUCUCCAGGAGAAGACAGGAAGGAAUACCGUAUUCUCUCCAGGAGAAGACAGGAAGGAAGACCGUAUUCUCUCCAGGAGAAGACAGGAAGGAAGACUAUAUUCUCUCCAGGAGAAGACAGGAAGGAAUACCGUAUUCUCUCCAGGAGAAGACAGGAAGGAAGACCGUAUUCUCUCCAGGAGAAGACAGGAAGGAAGACCAUAUUCUCUCCAGGAGAAGACAGGAAGGAAGACCGUAUUCUCUCCAGGAGAAGUCAGGAAGGAAGACCGUAUUCCCUCCAGGAGAAGACAGGAAGGAAGACCGUAUUCUUUACAAGACAAGACAAGUAGGGGGAAGUUUGUCAUCUCCUUUCUGUGAGGACUGACUUUUUUUCUUCAGAGGGAAGAUAAGGACCGACAACAUCGAGAAGACUUACAGUUUUACUGAGGUACAAAACAACAACACUGAGAAAGAAACAACAUUUUAAACACGGAAAGAAUACUGGACAUUCUAACUUCAACAGGUCUUUUCAACAAAAGAUCAAGACAUUUUAAAACUUUAUCUCAGUCUCUCUCUAUUCAUCCACUUCUCUUGGACUCUCUGUCCUGAAAAUGUCUCUGUGAGGGUCAGUCGGUCCAUCCAGCCCAGCCAUGCAGGUGUCUAUAGCCUGUACGGACCCCCACAUGAAACGUGGAAAUGGGGACCACAAGAAUGCCACCAGCCCGGGGAAUGCAGCUCGGGCCAAGUUCAGAACCGUGGCCAUCAUAGCACGUAGCUUUGGGGCGUUCGCACCCCGACACCACAUCUCCCUCAAAGAGUCUACAGGGAAACUGACCGGCAUGAAAUACAGGAACCUGGGAAAGUCAGGACUUAGAGUGUCGUGUUUGGGACUGGGUACAUGGGUGACGUUUGGCAGUCAGAUCACAGAUGAGGUGGCCGAGCAGCUGAUGACCAUAGCGUAUGAGAGUGGGGUCAAUCUGUUUGACACAGCGGAGGUGUACGCUGCUGGAAAAGCUGAAGCCAUAUUGGGUAAUAUCAUCAAAAAGAAGUCCUGGAGACGAUCAAGUCUGGUCAUCACUACCAAGCUGUACUGGGGAGGAAAGGCAGAGACUGAAAGAGGCCUUUCAAGGAAACACAUUAUUGAAGGUCUGAAGGGCUCUCUCCAGAGGUUGCAGCUGGAAUACGUAGACGUGGUCUUCGCAAACCGCCCCGACACCAACACGCCCAUGGAGGAGAUUGUGAGAGCCAUGACGUAUGUGAUCAACCAGGGGAUGUCCAUGUACUGGGGGACAUCUCGAUGGACUGCCAUGGAGAUCAUGGAGGCGUACUCUGUGGCCAGACAGUUUAACCUGAUCCCUCCGGUGUGUGAACAGUCUGAGUACCAUCUCUUCCAGAGGGAGAAGGUGGAGGUCCAGCUUCCAGAACUCUACCACAAGAUAGGUGUCGGGGCAAUGACGUGGUCUCCGCUGGCCUGUGGCAUCAUCACAGGGAAGUACCAGAACGGCAUCCCAGAAACCUCCAGGGCAUCCAUGAAGUCGUACCAGUGGUUAAAGGAGAAGAUAGUGAGUGAGGAUGGGAGGAAACAGCAGGCUAAGCUGAAGGAGCUGGGACACAUUGCUGAGAAGCUGGGCUGUACUCUACCACAGCUGGCCGUGGCCUGGUGUUUGAGGAAUGAGGGGGUGAGCUCAGUCCUCCUGGGAUCCUCCAGUCCAGAGCAGCUAACAGAGAACCUAGGCGCCAUACAGUUCCUUCCAAAAAUGACGUCUCAUGUGGUGUCGGAAAUCGAUCACAUACUGGAGAACAAGCCGUACAGUAAGAAGGAGUAUCGCUCCUAGACACCCAGGAGGAAGCAGAACCACUACUGUACAACCACUGUGGAUCCAGUUCCACCAACCAUCUGGGCUCAGCCUCCAUGGGGUUUCAGCUCAGUCUAAUCCCAGCCCAGUUCAGGCCUGCUCAGCUCAGCCCCAGCCUUCUUAGUCCAGUGUAACCGAGCUCAGUUCAGCCUAACCCUGCUAACCCUCUGCCUAGAACAGCUUUCAGCUCAGCUUACUCUUAUCAGUAGAUUCUCUGUCUCCUGAGUUUAUUAACCAUGUAGAUGCAUGCUUCCUCUCUCUGAUGUGCCUGGAUUUUCUCUUCAAAGGCACAUUGUACAAAACAACACAGAAAGGGGAUAAAACUUAGAAUAUACCGUAAACGUCUUUCACAAUGCAUUUUGAAAACAAACUCCUCUCUUCAAGCCAGUAUUCUGCAUUUGACCACCGUUUGACCUCGCAAAGCAGAGCACCCUGGGAAAGUGAGUUUCAGGCGACAGGCCUUUGUUCUGUCUGUGAGGGGAAGAAUGUGCAUGUUGUCGCCCCCCAUCUGGUCGUAUGAGAAACUGCUAUCCAAUAUCUUCAAUAGAUUAUUAGUGAGAGAGCGCAGGAGAAUCUCAUUUGCAUUUUCCUUGGGAGAAUCUCAAUUCCAUUCUCCUCGCAUCCUCUCUCCUCACCAACUUCUCAAAACCCAUUGGAGGAGAAGGUCAGAGGGGAGAGACCCCUGGCUUUCUCAUCCAAUGGGUUUUGAGAAGGAGGAGAGGAGAGAGGAGGCGAGGAGUAUGUAAUUGAGAUUCUCCCCUUGACUCCUUUCAUCCUCUCUCCUCGCCUCCUUCUCAAAACCCAUUGGAGGAGAAUGUUCGAGGGGCGGGACCUCUGACUUUCUCAUCCAAUACGUUUUGAGAAGGAGGAGAGGAAAGCAGACGCGGGGAGGCAAGGAAAUGCAAUUAAGAUUCUCCCAGUGGCCUACUGUUCUGUAUAGUGCCUGUCUGAGUGAGCAGGGGGCCUCCUGUACUGUACUGUAUGCUCUCUGUCUGCAUCCAUAGAGGAGAAUCCUGCCUCUCCUCCUCCUGCCUAUAAUAUGAACCUGCAUCUUUAGUUGCUGACGGGAAUCUGGGAUAGCACAAGCCACUCUGUGACAUAACCUUCCAACCAGACCAAUGUUACCUGUGGGUGUUGCUUGUUAGUUAAUGUGUAAGAUAGGUGAAGUAUUUAGAAAGAUGUAAAGGCCUAUAUCUAUUCUAUAAUAGUACGUGAAAAUAAGUUUCUUCUGUGGGUUAGAAUGUUUUUCGUCUUUCAGGGGUGUAUAUACAGUAUUAAACUUUAUGGGGCAAACCUUGUAACGUAAGCAAAACAGACCUCAAGUCCCCUUUGUUGCAGAUGAAACUAAAGUAUUCUAGAAAUAACCUAGAAAUAUUCUAUAAAUAACCUAAAAACUACCUAUAAGUAUUCUAUAAAGAACCUAUAAUUAUUCUAUAAAGAACCUAUAAGUAUUCUAUAAAGAACCUAUAAGUAUUCUAUAAAGAACCUAUAAGUAUUCUAUAAAGAACCUAUAAGUAUUCUCUAAAGAACCUAUAAGUAUUCUCUAAAGAACCUAUAAGUAUUGUGUGAAUAGUGUUGUACUGUUUCUCCUCACUCAGCAGCACAAUACAUCCAUGGCUGUUUGGUGCUGAUCCAAGUCCAGCUCUGCUCCUGCGUUUAACCAUUUAGCCCAGACUGACAAUGUAAACUACUGUAUUAAAACAUAUCAGACUGUUAUAAAAGUGUUUUUUUCUACAGUAUCUAAAGUUAUCAGAAGAGAGGAUUUACCAACUAUACCAUUUUCUGUUCUUCUGCCCUAGCACUACACAGUUAAUUCAAAUCAUCACAGCUUGACGAGGAGUUGGCUAUUUGAAUUAGCUGUGUGGUGCUCGGGCAAAAACCAGAACGUGCACCCGUGGGUG